GGCCGGCGGAGGAGGAGGCGGGCCCGGCCGGGGAGCCGCGCGGCAGCCAGGCCAGCUUCAUGCAGCGCCAGUUCGGCGCGCUCCUGCAGCCCGGCGUCAACAAGUUCUCGCUGCGGAUGUUCGGCAGCCAGAAGGCUGUGGAGCGCGAGCAGGAGCGCGUGAAGUCGGCGGGGGCCUGGAUCAUCCAUCCGUACAGCGACUUCAGGUUCUACUGGGACUUCACCAUGCUGCUGUUCAUGGUGGGAAACCUCAUCAUCAUCCCCGUGGGCAUCACCUUCUUCAAGGACGAGACCACAGCGCCUUGGAUCGUGUUCAACGUAGUCUCAGACACCUUUUUCCUCAUGGACCUGGUGCUCAACUUCCGCACGGGCAUUGUGAUCGAGGACAACACGGAGAUCAUCUUGGACCCCGAGAAGAUCAAGAAGAAAUAUUUGCGCACCUGGUUUGUGGUGGACUUCGUGUCCUCCAUUCCGGUGGACUAUAUCUUCCUCAUUGUGGAGAAAGGCAUCGACUCCGAGGUCUACAAGACGGCGCGCGCCCUGCGCAUCGUGCGCUUCACCAAGAUCCUCAGCCUGCUGAGGCUGCUGCGCCUGUCUCGGCUCAUCCGCUACAUCCACCAGUGGGAGGAGAUCUUCCACAUGACCUAUGACCUGGCGAGCGCAGUCAUGCGCAUCUGCAACCUCAUCAGCAUGAUGCUGCUGCUCUGCCACUGGGACGGCUGCCUGCAGUUCCUGGUGCCCAUGCUGCAGGACUUCCCCAGCAACUGCUGGGUCUCCAUCAACAACAUGGUGAACCACUCGUGGAGCGAGCUCUACUCCUUCGCGCUCUUCAAGGCCAUGAGCCACAUGCUGUGCAUCGGCUACGGGCGGCAGGCGCCCGAGAGCAUGACGGACAUCUGGCUCACCAUGCUCAGCAUGAUCGUGGGCGCCACCUGCUACGCCAUGUUCAUCGGCCACGCCACCGCCCUCAUCCAGUCGCUGGACUCCUCCAGGCGCCAGUAUCAGGAGAAGUACAAGCAAGUGGAGCAGUACAUGUCCUUCCACAAGCUGCCUGCCGACUUCCGCCAGAAGAUCCACGACUACUAUGAGCACCGCUACCAGGGCAAGAUGUUCGAUGAGGACAGCAUCUUGGGCGAGCUGAACGGGCCGCUGCGGGAGGAGAUCGUCAACUUCAACUGCCGCAAGCUGGUGGCCUCCAUGCCGCUCUUCGCCAACGCCGAUCCCAACUUCGUCACGGCCAUGCUGACCAAGCUCAAGUUCGAGGUCUUCCAGCCCGGCGACUACAUCAUCCGCGAGGGCACCAUCGGCAAGAAGAUGUACUUCAUCCAGCACGGCGUGGUCAGCGUGCUCACCAAGGGCAACAAGGAGAUGAAGCUGUCUGACGGCUCCUACUUUGGGGAGAUCUGCCUGCUCACUCGGGGCCGGCGCACAGCCAGCGUGCGCGCCGACACCUACUGCCGCCUCUACUCGCUCAGUGUAGACAACUUCAAUGAGGUGCUGGAGGAGUACCCCAUGAUGCGGCGCGCCUUUGAGACGGUGGCCAUCGACCGCCUGGACCGCAUCGGCAAGAAAAACUCCAUCCUGCUGCACAAGGUGCAGCAUGACCUGAGCUCGGGCGUGUUCAACAACCAGGAGAACGCGAUCAUCCAGGAGAUCGUCAAGUACGACCGCGAGAUGGUGCAGCAGGCCGAGCUGGGCCAGCGCGUGGGCCUCUUCCCACCACCACCACCGCCACAGGUCACCUCGGCCAUUGCCACGCUGCAGCAGGCGGUGGCCAUGAGCUUCUGCCCGCAGGUGGCGCGGCCGCUCGUAGGGCCGCUGGCGCUGGGCUCGCCGCGCCUCGUGCGCCGCGCACCCCCGGGGCCGGGACCGCAGGGACUCGGCAUCACCCAGCGCCACCGGUGGCCUCGACCCGCUGGACUCCGCGCGCUCGCGCCUCUCGUCCAACUUGUGACCCUCGCGCGCCGCCCCGCGGGCCGCCGCCGGGCGGGGCCUCAUCCAGACCAAAGCCAUGCCCUCCCCGCCCGCCGCGCAGAAGCCAUAGAGGGACGUAGGUAGUCGCAUCGGACGGGCGGCGGGCAGCCCUCACGCCCGGCUGUCCCCCACUGCCCGAGCCCAUCCUCAUCGCCCCGCCCCGGCGGCAGCCGCGCCGAACGAGGGGCUCCCUUCACCUCGGUGCCUCAGUUCCCCCUACUGGAGGCGGGGACGGGGCUGGCCCCUGGCCGCGAGGAGAUGGCUGCGGAGCCCGCCCGACUGCCCUGGUAGGUGCCCGCCGGCUUCCCGCUGUCCCCACCGUGCUCACGCAAUAACCGGCCCGGUCCCCGUCCCACGCGCCCUGCCGCCACCGCCCCUUCCUCCAGCACCGGCAUCGGGGGCGGGCAUCCCGGCCCGCAGGCGGACGUGGGGGCGAGGCCGGGUCCCCGCCGUCGCGAUGAAUGUACUGACAGCCGAGGCAGCAGCGCACACCGUGGCCCCCACGCCCCAUUAACCCUCGCCCCCAUUCCGCGCAAUAAACGACAGCACUGGCGCCCGGA